AUGCCUAACGAAGAACUCAAUACCGACAAAGUUUAUGAUGCCACAACACAACAGGCUUUCCAAUUAGCAAUUAAAUUCUAUGAAGCUGAUCAAAAAUUAAAUAAAGAUGAUCGUGAACAAUUGCAAAAAGUGUAUACAAAAGUUACAUAUUCAACAUUAGUUGGUGGAUGGGGUGCUUUCUUUGCCAUGGCUUCAUUGCCUUUCAUUAGGCAGAAAAGAUUGACUGGAUCUAGAAAAGGUACAAGUAUGGGUACUGCUGUCUUACUGGGGAUUUCGGGUAUGAUAUUCAGUGGUCCAAUUACAAGUUCAACAGUUUAUAAUUGGCAAUUAUCUGGAUUACAAGAGACAAAUCCAAGAUGUUAUGAAGUUGCAAAAAUUUUAAAACCAAGUGAAUCUGUUAAAUGGAUGUUAUAUUAUCAAAUGUCUAAAGAUAAUCCAAAUACUAUAAUGAAAGAUCCAAGAUCUAAAGAAGCUGAAGAACUUAGAAAUAAAUCACCAUUACAAAAUAGAGAUGUCAUGGGUUUACAUACAGGUCCAAGAGCUGAAAUUGCUAAAAAUGAGAGAUUGAAAAAAGAACAAGCCAAGAAUCCACAACCUACUACACCACAAACUGAAUUUAGUGAAGAUCCAUUUGGUGAAGAAAAACAAUCUGAAUCAGUUGCAACUUCAUCAUGGGAUAGAAUUAGAUCACAAAAUGGUAUUUCAUCCGGGUAUCAAUCAUCAGGUCAACCUGGAUCCUCAUGGAAUAGAGUAAGACAAGAUUCAACUACCCAAACUCAAGCAAAUCCAUUUACUACAAAUGUUUAUAAACCAAAUCAGGAUGAUGGAGAUCAAAUUGAAGAGAAACAAGAUGAAUUUGAUCAAUUAUUAGAAAAAGAGAGACAUUUCGGUGAAGAUGAGACUAGUAAGGAAAAAACAUGGUGA